GAUGAUAACCAUGCAUCUUAAUCCUACUGUUUACUUUACUGCUGACUGAGGCAAUGUAUGGCUGGCACAAUUAGGGAAUGGCUCAGGAAGUGAAUAGGGUUGACCUGGACGAGGUUCCUGAGGUUGUCACCCAGGUUGGUGGGGCUCAGCAAGUUGAAGAGGGUGCUGAGCAGCGCACUAGGGGUGCUAUGCGCUGGACUAGUGCCAUGUCUAAGUUUGUGCUAAAGCGUAUGUGCCAGCUAAUUGAGACUGGGGUUAGAACUGACAAGGGAUUCAAAGAAGUCCAUUUGAACCAAGUUGCCAAGUACUUGCAAGAGUUCACUGGCAAUGAGGUUUCUGGGACUCAAGUCUAUAACCAUUUGAGGAAGUGGAGACAGAGGUGGGUGAGGGUGUCCAAGCUUAGGGAACUCAGUGGUGCCCUAUGGGUUGAUGAUGUGUGCAUGAUUAGCUUGGAGGAGGAGCACUACCUGGGACACAUCAAGGUCUGUGUGGGCUGCCUUGAUCACUCUUUUCUUUCUCUUCUAUUUAGAAAAGCACACAUCUUUAUUUCUGUUCCUAACUUAUUCUACACAAUAAAAUUAGGCUCACCCCAAGGAUGCUGA